AUGGACAACCUGCGUGAUGCAUCACCAUCCUCGGGUUCAGAUACUUCAGAGCAAAGCAACUGGGUGGACGUCGAACCUGAUGUGGAAAAUGUCCAGGUUGUGUCUCUCUUUGAUGUACAGACUUUUGCCACACUCGCAGAAAUGCUACAGCAUUGCAGGGAGCAAUAUGAUUUCGACCUAGUUCAGAACAUUCAACGCCUACAUUUAGACUUCCUUGGGGCAUUGAAGCUGGUGAAUUACAUCCGCUCUCAGGUCAAGAGCGAAAAUUCUUUGCCUUCAGAGAUUUCCCUCAAUGACAUUGAUGAUGAACGUUUUCUCAAGCCAGUGCUCGACAACGACGCUGUUAUUUUCUCUCUCGAUGAAGUGCUUCUGCAACAGUCAAGCGAUACCCAGGCAGAAACCUCGGACCCUAUGGACGAGCAAACCAAGGACUUGCAUAGACGAAACAGAGAUCUCGCGUCAGAACUCAAUUCUGUUCGUGAAAGCUUUGCAAAUUACCGCCUAGCUGUGGAACAAACGCUAGAUCGUCGAUGGGGAGUCGGUGAGAUGCCGGACCCGUCGGCAAGCUUGAAAGGAAACGAUUCCUCAACCUACUACUUCGAGUCGUAUGCAACGCAUGGAAUUCUCAGCAUGUUCUGCGCAAAGGCGGGCGCAUCUAAGGUGAUAGCUGUCGACAGAUCGGACAUUAUUGACAAAGCACGAGAAAACGUGUUCAACAACAAGCUGUCAGAUGUAGUAACAUGCUUGAGAGGCAGUAUCGAAGACGUUGAGUUGCCCGUCAAAGACGUCGAUAUCAUUGUUAGCGAAUGGAUGGGCUACUGCCUACUCUAUGAGGCAAUGUUACCAAGUGUGCUGUUUGCAAGAGACAAAUAUCUCAAGCCUGGUGGCCUUCUAGUUCCCAGCUCCGCCACGCUAUGGAUUUCCCCUGUUAAGGACGAGGCAUACGUAUCAGAUCAUGUUUCUUACUGGCGUGAUGUCUACGGGUUUGACAUGAAGGCAAUGCAAGAGGGCAUCUACGACGAAGUUCGUGUACAGGCUAUGCCUGCAUCGUCAACUUGUGGUAGAGCAUGCCCAUUUAAAGUUCUAGAUCUGUAUUCAACCCAUGCCGAAGAUCUUGCUUUCACAGCCAACUGGGAAACAGAACUCAACGAUGGCAAGGAUGACGCAGAUGGCUUUCUCAUUUGGUUUGACAUUUUUUUUUGCCCAUGCAGGUCAGAACCAAUUCCUGAACCAGAUAUUACGCCUGACAGAUGGGCUCGCGCAUCGCCAGGUCACGUUGCUUUCACCACCGGCCCGAACGGGCCAGAGACGCAUUGGAAGCAAGGUCUCCUGCUCAUCGGUCCAGGAAAACCCUCGCAAUCACUUUCUACCUCUCGCCGCUUGUCAGGGAUAAUUUCCUUUGCUGCUGCUUCUGACAAUGUACGAGCGCUUACGUUGCGUCUCCAAUGGUCCACGGAACAUGAAAAGAGCGAUCAAAGCUGGGAACUGAAGUAG